GUGCUUUAUUACAGCAAAUGUGAUCUAGGCCAAUGCGCUAGUGCUACCAAGUACGAGUAUGGCGCUGUAUGUAUACUGACAAUGAUGCAGCACAAAGUAUAGUAUGUAGGCCGCAGACAACCCAACAAAUGUCUGGUGAAAUAAUGGCAGUAAAUAUGCCGUAUGCGUACACAGAUCUCUAAUGCCGAUUGCUUGGCUCUGGUUGGCUAGAUCGGAGGCGGCGAGUUCAACCGCCCACUUCCCAAGCCGAUUCUACCUAUCGGAUAGCAGCAGAUCCUAUCUGGGAUGGAGCCUGGUCCUGAGUACCGUAGCAGCCAAGCUUUCGGGAAUACAACCGACAAGUACCGCAGCAUCGCUUAAUAUGAUUCAACAUGGCGUGACAUGCUCGACAUGCUCAAUCGCCAAGAGGAUAGAGCAGGUCAAGCAGAAAGAUGCUCACAGUGCUCAACCGCUAAUGGCAUCAAGCACAUCGAGCAAGGACUAGGAGGGACAGAUAUAUAAGAUGGAUAGUGUAUAAGAUGGAUGGUGUCCUAUUGUUAAGAUCGAAGAUCU